AUGUCAAACAACUCUACUAACUCAAACAACUCAAACUUACCUGCACCUUCUCUCUCCACUCCUAUAACAACUACAUCUCUCUCUCAACCGAUUACCUUUGAUACAAUUGCUAACCAUAACAACUUUUCUAAAACUUGUUGUCUUUCUCAUACAUACUGUUCUCAAUCGGUCACUCAUAAUCCUCAUAACUGCUAUUCAACUUGUUCUUUAUCUGUCACUCCUCAUAUAUCUCAUUCUCAAUCAUUUACUUAUAAUCCUCAUAAUUGCCGUUCUACAUCGGUUACUUAUAAUAAUACUUAUGAUGAUGAUGAUGAUUCAUCUGAUUCAUCAAAAAGUAUUAUAAAUAUUCAUAAUAUCUUUGCUAAGAUGAGAACUCGACAUUCAUCAUAUCAAACCUCAAAACAACCUUCACAAUCCCGCCAAACUUCACAAUCCCGCCAAACUUCACAAUCCCAUCAAACUUCACAAUCCUGCCAAACUCAACAAUUCCACCAAACUCAACAAUCUAACCAACCUCAACAAUCUCACCAAACUCAACAAUCUAACCAACCCCAAGAUCGGUCCUUAUCACCACAGCAUGACUCUGAUCCCAAAUCAAUAGGUAGAUCACGAGAAAGACAAUCAACAAAUCAGAAUCAGUUAUGUAAUCAAGAUA